AUGGGAUAUAAGAUAUAUUCUAACUCUGACUUAGUUCAAACAGUAACAUGGGCAAACUAUGAAUGGUUCGCUUUGAGAAACUCAGUACAACCACAAGCUAGAGAACAAACAGACCAGUAUGCAAAUAUUGAGAAAAUAAGAAGACUUGACCCUAACGUUCCAGGAGUUUAUGUUAACCUUUCUGGUUCAGAUGGAACUGCUGCCACUAAAGUAAAACUGAAACUUAGAGUUCCUUUGUCAUCUUUCCUCAUCUUCAGGUUUUUAAGAUACUUGCCAAACUGGGCAGGAAAAAUUUCUAUCGAACUUACUCCAAGCAAAAAUAACUUAGUCAUUGCACCAACACAAGACCCAUUCACUCUUACAGACGUAAUGGGAACAAAUAAAACGUCAUUCGCCGACUUUUGCAAAGACAAGGUUGACUUAGACUUUGGUUUCUCAAACUUCAACAAUGAAGUAAACUAUUAUUUCAAUGCUGCUGGAACUGCUUGGGACCCAGUUAAGUUCACAUGCGAAAAGUUUGAAUGCAAGAGAAUAGAAAGCAGACUUGCAGUCUAUAUGUUGGACCCAGAUAUUUCAAAUGCUUUAGCUGCCAAAUAUAUUGCAGUUCCACUUAUGUUCCCUAUACACCAAAUAUCUGUCAAAGACUUUGCAGGUGAAGUUGGAAACCAAAGUGCUGACCCAGGUGCAAGAACAGAUAUUGCUUUAACAACUGCAAUGAAACAUGCAGAUACUAUGUUUGUACUGUUCAGACGAACUAUAAAUGACUAUUCUUGUUUCUACAACCCCGGUAUUAAAUAUCAUAUAAACAUAGAUGGCAAAUAUUAUCCAAGAGAAGAAUAUUCUACAGUUGAGGAUAUGAG